CGAAGAGGAACUUAGAAAUAGACACGACGAUAAUCCUAUCUUGAGCUGGUACUGAUGUUAAUGCUUUGACGUUUUGGGAGAGCUGAGUUAUUAUCUACACUGGUAUUACUACAGAUAAGUAUAAACAAUGGGUGAUUAAGUUUUAUAAUAUUAUUAAGAACUACCCUUUAUUUAAGAGUAGUAGAUAUCUAGUAGUACCUACCUAGUAGCUCGUGGUGGCAUGACUAAAUCAUUAAUAGUUUAAUAUUUGGAAAGUUUAGAUUAAUUUCUUAGGUAUAUUGUGGUGGACGAAAGAGCUAUCGUUAACCACAAUAUGAUAUGUUGGACAUUCUACGAGGAGGAUACUGCUUGCAAAAACUGUUAUACUCGUGAAGCCGCGGUUGCCGCCCGCCCACAUCAGUGUCCACCAAUGGACGCUCGGCUAGGGCGGAGCAUUCCAGGCGUGAAUUAAACUUUAAAACUUCUUGUUACACAUUUAUCCCAUCAAUCUCAGUAGGGAUUUCAACGGGGGAACAUGAGUGGAGCUGUCACGCUUGUAGUCCCCAAUCAUUGUGGCUGAUUUAUGUUUUGAAUAUCGAGAGACCUGACAAUAGCGAUGCAAAGUGAAAUAAGUGAAAAUAACAAUAGCACUCGGAAGGCGCUGAGGACACCGAAAUGCGCUCGUUGCCGGAAUCACGGAGUAAUCUCGUGUUUGAAAGGACACAAGCGGCUGUGUCGAUGGCGGGAUUGCCGUUGCCCUGGUUGUCUUCUGGUGCUAGAAAGACAGCGAGUCAUGGCUGCUCAGGUCGCGCUUAGGCGACAACAAGGGGCUGGUGGUCCAGAAUCGCGCAAUAGCGAGGCUGCGGCACUGGCAGCUCGCAAGCGUGCCUACCGUGCAAGGCUUCGUUGCAUGCAGAUGUCGAGGACAUAUACAGUACAACCCCCUAAUUUCGGAGGCAACGAGAUACUAUUCCCAAACGACCCUGCAUGGAAUGAGCGAGUACGCCGGCGCAAGGCUUUCGCAGACGCAGAACUGGAGCGCGGUGUCGGGGGUACGAACAUGGCGGCACCUCCCGCGGCGCUGCUCUGCAGGAACCUCCUAGCGGCUCUCCUCACGACCUAUCAACCGGCAGUACAGGUUCCGCCGCAACGACAGAAGCUAUCAUUCUCCAUAGAAUCCAUUAUUGGGGUACAAUAGACUAAUAAAUAUGUCUAAUGUUUAGAGAGAACAAUGUAACUUUUUGAUUGUAUCAUUGUGACUAGAUAUAUUCGCAUUCAAAACUAUCCAUUCUAUUUUGAAUAGUAAUAAUCAAUAUUUAAAAGGGUAAAUACACAACAGCUAUGUACCAA